AUGCUCAAUCCCUCAUAUAACAGCCUUGUGUGGUGGAGAAAGUGGGCCAGGAAGGACUGGGCAAUCGCCACCGUGGCCUUCACCGUCAUUCUCUUCCUCUUUCUCACUCUCAUCUCCAACUCCUCUGACUCCGGCGUCACCAACCCCUCCCAUCCAAUCACCUCCGCCGAUUUAGUUGACCUGACUCUGCUGCACGACGCCGAACGAAGAGGCGCCCUUUGCUUAGAUGGGAGUGCUCCGGGAUAUCAUUUCCGAAAGGGAUUUGGAUCCGGAGCGGAGAAUUGGCUGCUUCACAUUGAGGGUGGAGGUUGGUGCAAUACAAUGAAAUCAUGUUCUUUGCGGAAAUGGACUCCGUUAGGGUCUUCCAAGUACAUGGAUCGUAGAGUUCCGUUUUCAGGGAUUUUGAGCUCUCAUUCUUCAGAAAAUCCUGACUUCUUUAACUGGAACAAAGUGAAGAUACGGUACUGUGAUGGCGCUUCUUUUGCUGGCCACCCGGCAAAUGAGCCCAAGAAUGGAUCAAAGCUUUUCUUUAGGGGACAGCUUAUCUGGGAAGCACUGAUGGAUGAAUUCUCGUCAAUUGGCUUGUCAAAGGCGAAACAGGCGCUUCUUUCUGGAUGCUCUGCUGGUGGGUUGGCAACUCUUAUACACUGUGAUGACUUUCGAGGUCUUCUACCUAGGGAUUCAACUGUCAAGUGUCUUGCUGAUGCAGGUUUUUUUCUUGAUGAGAAAGAUGUUAACCAAAACCGGACCAUGAGAAAUUUUUAUCGUGAUGUUGUGGUCCUUCAGGAUGUAGCAAAAAGUUUGCACAAGGAUUGUGUUGCAAAGAAGGAACCAGCUAAGUGCCUCUUUCCUGAAGAAAUUAUUAAACACGUUAGCACUCCUCUGUUCCUUGUCAACCCAGCUUAUGAUUUUUGGCAGAUUCAACAUAUCUUGAUACCUGAAGCAUCAGACCCGUAUGGCUACUGGAAAAGGUGCAAGCUGAACAUCCAUAAUUGCAAUCCUAGCCAGAUUGAGAUACUUCAAGGUUUCCGUCGUUCUAUGCUAAAUGCACUGAGCGAAUUCCAGAAAAAUAAGGAUGGAGGAAUGUUUAUAAAUUCAUGUUUUAUUCAUUGCCAGACAUGGUUUACCGAGACAUGGCAUUCACCCAGUUCUCCGCGAAUAAACAAUAAGACAAUUGCAGAGUCUGUGGGUGAUUGGUACUUUAAUAGAAAUGUUGCAAAGCAAAUUGACUGCCCAUUUCCAUGCAAUCCCACCUGUUAUCAUAUGAAUUUCACUCAAUUUUCACGAGGUUGAACCGACUCAAGAAUACAUCCCACUUAUGAGUGGUCAUUCCCAAGUUUAGACCUCUACAAUCUCAUUAGAUUCUGGUGGAAAUAUUCCCUCGUCGCCGAGAGGCUGUAGAUAACUAGAAAUUGAUACCAAAGG